AUGGGUUUGGACUAUCCCAUCACUCGGCCUUUCCCACAGAAAUGGCGAUGGUUUACUCCACUGUCCUUCGCGGGUGCAUUCAUCGCCUUGGUGUUUCUAUCCACCAUAUAUGUGGCCUUGACUGGAUAUGAAACCAUCACUGUCUUCCAAAGCGACUUCAAUGCUACCCAAUCACUCUGGUACAACAAAUAUAUGCCGUAUCGCGUCCCCAGGCCUGGAACGCUUUGUGAUCCACACAUCUUCAACGCCGGAGAUCCAUUCACAACAAAUUACACCCUCUUUGAGUGGACCUUUCAAUCUAUCGUUAGAGCUAAUGCAGGCAAUUCUGGCAUUUCUUAUAAAGGCGAGACGCUGAACGACUGCGAUGUCUCGUCCAUUUACAUGGAUGCAGAUCUUCGGACAUGGUCGGUCGCUAUUACCGUGGUGAUGCAAUGUCAACGCGAGAACCUUUAUACGAUCAGCGCAAAAACCUCUUUUAUUAGUGCGAUUUUACCAGGGAGCAACUUGCCUCUGUUGGGAAUGGUGAACUUGGCUGAAGGGAGUGAUAUGCGUCCUGUCGUUUUCCACGCACUACUUCAGGCAGCAACACAGGAUCUCGGAGGAAGAGGUUUUAACGCCCUCCAAACUUCCAAUUACACAAGCGCUGUUGCCAUAUCCGUACAAGCAGACAUCACACCUUGUCCCAUGUCACUUGGUUCUUCUGCGGCAUGUGGUCUAGCAACCCCCAACUUCACCAUCUCCUCUGCUGCUAUUGUCAUGACCAACCUUUCUUAUUUCCGAAACACCGCUCCGCCCAUCACUGUCUUGGAUGAUGAUACUAAGCUCCCCAUCUCUAAUCUGUUGCAAACUGUCUACGCUAUCAUUCGGGUGGAAUUCGGAAACCCCAGCCCAAACAAUUUUAUUCUCCACCCAAACGUAACGGAUAAUAUAAUCGUGUCCAAGUUUCCCGCCACGCCACUAAACCAGGGUGGGGAUGCGUUGGUCUCGGGGCUUUACCAGGAGUGGACAACCCCUGACCCAGAGACACAGAAGUAUUUGCCUGUGACUGUGUCUGGACCAGCAAACAUUCAAGUGGUGUAUCCAUGCCGAUUCCAACAACAGAAGACACCGGGCCAACUUUUCAUAUCAGUGUUGGUUGCGACAUUGGCCACGUUCUCCACGGGAUGGGCUCUAUUCAUGCGCUUGGCUGCCUCUUUUGCGAAGCGGAAAGGUCCAUCAGCGAAUCAGUGUCAAUGGCAUAGCGACGUUCAGAUGCAUCGACGAUCGAAUUCAAAUGACGCACACCCUACUCAAACCGGGAACCUAGAUUACAAAGAUUAUCAACCAGUUUGAAGCCUUAUCUCUUUCGACUCUGUUUUCAUUGGGUUACGGUGGCUCUACAUCACUAUGAAGAAUCCGAAAAGACCUCAACGGCAAUAUGUAAAAUAACGGAACCUGCCUACCAG